AUGACGCUUGAACUCGCUAUCAACCCUUGCACCGGUUUCUUUGCUCUCAUUCUUACAUUGCAAGUUCUGCACGCUAUGGCUAUGCCGUUCAAUCUUGCCAACGUGAGCGGCGUCCGCUCGAACAGCUGUGUUUGGGAAUUCAGUCCGACCAUUUGUGGUGAGGAUGUGGGUUACCAAGAGCUUGCUUAUCCAGAAAACACUGUGUGCAUGCCUCUCACAGUUGGGAUGAAGAACGUCUGGACAAACGAAUGUUCAAGCUGGUUCGGUGAGUCUUAG